AUGCCGGUUAAAGUCCCGAUAACCAUCAACGGCGUCAAGCUAAACCCCUCCAAGCAUCGCGAAGCAGUCGCCGAAUACGCCAUUGCAGACUCGGAGCAAGUCAACGCCGCUGUGGAUGCUGCUCUCAAAGCCAAGCCAGCCUGGGAGGCUCUCCCGUUUGAAGAUCGCGCGGCCAUCUUCCUGCGAGCGUCGGAGCUCAUUGCCGGCAAAUACCGCCUGGAAAUCGUUGCGUCAACGAUGAUAGGUCAAGGCAAGAACGUGUGGCAGGCAGAAAUCGAGGCGCCUACUGAGACUGUCGACUUCUUCCGUUACUAUAUCCAGGAGGCCUGGUCCCUCUUCUCCCAGCAGCCAAAGGUUCACCCGUCAGGGCAGUGGAACAAGCUAGAGUACCGGCCUUUGGAGGGCUUCGUCUACGCCAUUGCUCCGUUCAACUUCACUGCCCUCGGAGCCACGCUCAUCGGGCCCUCUGCGCUGCUCGGAAACGUUGUGAUUUGGAAACCUUCGGAUUCUGCCCUACAUUCCGCCUAUCUUCUCCACCAAAUCCUUCUGGAAGCCGGUCUGCCCAAGGACGUGGUACAGCUACUUCCUGGAGACGCGGAGGAGGUGACGGACACCAUUCUCAAACGACCCGAAUUCGCGGGUCUGAGCUUCAUCGGUUCAACUCAGGUCUUCAAAGGCAUCCAGAAGAAGAUUGGCGACCACGUCGGCAGGGGCACUUACAACUCUUACCCUCGCGUCGUUGGAGAGACCGGGGGGAAGAACUGGACCAUCCUCCACCCCUCUGCCGACGUCAAGAGCGCUGCAUUUCACGCAGUUCGCGCGGCGUUCGAAUACCAGGGACAAAAGUGCUCCGCGCUGUCAAGAGCGUACGUACCUGAGUCUGUCUGGCCCGAGUUCCGCCGUCACCUGGAAGAGCAGAUCGCACAGCUCAAAGUGGGGGAUGUGGAGGACUUUACCAACUUCAUCACGCCAGUCAUCCACGAGCGCUCAUUCGACAAGCUCGCCAAGGUAAUUGAGGAUGCCAAGACGGACCCGGAGCUGGAGCUCGUCGCGGGCGGUAAGGCUUCCAAAGCUGAGGGGUUCUUUGUUCACCCGACCGUGUACAAGACGUCCAACCCGCGGCAUGAUAUCAUGUCUCGCGAGCUGUUCGGUCCCAUCCUAGGCGUGUACGUUUAUCCCGAUGAGGAGUGGGAGCAGACGCUGAAGACCCUGGAUACAACGUCCCGUUAUGGCCUCACCGGCAGCAUCUUUGCCAAGGAUCCCUACGCGUCCAGAGAGGCGCAGACUGCACUGAAGCAUGCUGCGGGAAUGCUGUAUAUCAAUAGCAAGUGCACCGGCUCGCUGGUGGCUCAACAGCCAUUCGGCGGAAGCCGUGACUCUGGCACGAACGACAAGACCGGCACCAUGGCGCACCUGCAGCGUUUUACAAGCGUGAGGUCUAUCAAGGAGGAUUUUGUUCCUUUGGAGAGGGUGCAGUACCCGUCGAAUGAUGCUUGA